AUGAGUUCCUGCAACUUCACACACACCACCUUCGUGCUUAUUGGUUUCCCCGGACUAGAAGAAGUCCAUUUCUGGAUGGGCUUCCCUCUGCUUUCAAUGUAUGCUGUGGCUGUGUUUGGAAACUGCAUCGUGGUCUUCAUCGUAAAGACGGAACGCAGCCUGCAUGCUCCCAUGUACCUCUUCCUCUGCAUGCUGGCAGCCAUUGACCUGGCCUUGUCCACAUCCACCAUGCCCAAGAUCCUCGCCCUCUUCUGGUUUGAUUCCAGGGAGAUUACCUUUGAUGCCUGCAUUGCCCAGAUGUUCUUCAUUCAUGCUCUCUCAGCCAUUGAGUCCACCAUUCUGCUGGCCAUGGCCUUUGACCGUUAUGUAGCCAUCUGCCACCCAUUGCGCCAUGCUGCAGUGCUCAACAACACAGUAACAGCCCAAAUUUGUGUGGUGGCCGUGGUCCGUGGAUCCCUCUUCUUUAUCCCACUGCCUCUGCUCAUCAAACGACUGGCCUUCUGCGAAUCCAAUGUGCUCUCGCACUCCUAUUGUGUACACCAGGAUGUGAUGAAGUUGGCCCAAACAGACAUAUUGCCCAAUAUGGUUUAUGGUCUGACUGCCAUUCUGCUGAUUAUGGGCGUGGACGUCCUGUUCAUCUCCUUGUCCUAUUUUCUGAUUAUACGAACAGUUCUGCAACUGCCUUCCAAGUCAGAGCGGGCCAAGGCCUUUGGAAACUGUGUGUCACACAUCAGUGUGGUAUUGGCCUUCUAUGUGCCUCUCAUUGGCCUCUCAGUGGUACAUCGCUUUGGAAAAACCCUUCCUCCCAUUGUGCAUGUUCUCAUGGGUGAUGUCUACCUACUUCUGCCUCCUGUGAUCAAUCCUAUUAUCUAUGCUGCCAAAACCAAACAGAUCAGAACUCGAGUUCUAGCUAUGUUCAAGAUCAGCUGUGACAAGGACCCUCUGGCGGUGUGA